UUUGUUUUGGUCAGUUUCCUCAAAAUUCAUUUUAAGCAUUAAACGGAGCAAUCCAAGAGUCCUGGUAUCACCGACCCCCAUGAUUUCCCAUAAUAUAAUUCAGCAUCUUCAAAUAAAAACAAAAACAAAAAAUAAAACAAAAACAUUUAUCUUGCUUCCUCAGACCACUCCAAAAUCCACCAUAUUUCUCUCUCUCCUUCCCAACAAACCUUUUCAUUGCUUUAUAACUUAAUACCUCUUUAGUCUCUACUGCUUUCUCUUCUUCCUCUCUCUAAAAAAAAACCUAUUUUUGAAAUACAAGGAAUCAAUCAAUGAGUAAAACUAAGUCAUCGUCGAAGAAGGGUAGUAAUCUGCUCAUGUGUUUUAGACCGGGGGAGGUUGACUCGGAUCGGUCGGGUCGGGUUGAACCGGUUGUGGCGUACAUCGCUAUGAGAAAGAAGGGAAGUAGUCACGUUGUUUUGCCGGCGGCCGAUGAGAAAGAAGCCGGUGAAAAUGGCAGGGGAAUGAAGAAAGUUGGUAGCCGUAGAUUUUCCAGUGCUUGGAAAGCUGUUAAUUUGUUCGAAGUAUCCACGGCUAAUAAGAAGAGCAAUAAAGGGAAAUUAGAUAAAAAGGCAUCUUCAAAGUUAAUAAGUGAAAGUGCAAGAUUUAAUUAUCGAGUAUCGACUAAUAAUGAUGGUUUUGAUUUUGGACAAAGAAUUUUAUCUAGAAGUGCAUCGGCUUUGGCUACAUCUUCAUCUGCUUUAACCAUUGCUAAUAGUAUUAGUAAUAAUACUUGUAAUACUAAUCCUACACUUUGUUCUUCAUGUUCAUCAUCUUUGAUCACCCAAACGACGCCGUUUGAUGAGUCAAAGUCAAAGAAAUUGGUCAAUGAUGAUGAUGAUGAAUACGGCAAAGGUUACAAAAGUAGUGAUUGUGGUUUGGUUUUGAUGCUUCUAAUUCUAUUCGUGCUGGUCUUUUGGGGUAGAAUUUGUGCUAUUUUAUUUACUUCCACAUGGCUUUUCUUAAUUCCACGUUGGAUGCAAAUGAAGAAAUCAUUCACAUCAUCGCCGUCAAAAUCCUCGGAAUGUAAGGGUAAGAUUGUAAAGGAAGAAAUUUCUUAGGGCGAAGGAUAUCUUGCCAAAGAGGCUAAAGAGCUUUCAAUGUGUGUGUAGAUAAAAUAAUUUUAGCUUAUAGAGUUUCGAUUGGUGGUAUUCAUAGUACAUUACAUGUGUGUGUUUUAUUUUUAUUAUUUUUAAAAGUGAAGAGAUAAUAUUGGCUUUGAGAAAUUUAUCCAAGUAUAUUUUUGAUGGCGUAA